AUGAUUUGGUGGAAGAAGAUACAGUGGCAGCAGCGUUACCUGUGGGCCCUGGGCUGCUAUAUGCUGCUGGCCAUUGUUGCUCUGAGGCUUUGUCUCAGAUUGAAAUGUGACUUUGAUUCCCUGGAUCUGAAGUCCAGAGAUUUUCAGAGCCGGCACUGUAGAGACAUCUUGUACAAGUCCCUGAAACUGCCAGCAAAGAGAUCCAUCAACUGUUCUCGGAUCAUCCAAGGGGACCAGCAGGCAGUGAUCGAGGCUGUGCUGGACAACCUGGAGAUCAAGAACAAGCGGAAGCCUUUCACAGACACUGACUACCUUAACAUGACCAGAGACUGUGAGCACUUUAAGGCUGAAAGGAAGUUCAUACGGUUCCCUCUGAGCCAAGAAGAGUCAGACUUCCCUAUUGCCUACUCAAUGGUGGUCCAUGAGAAAAUAGAAAACUUUGAAAGAUUGCUCCGAGCUGUGUAUGCCCCUCAGAACAUAUACUGCAUCCACGUGGAUGAGAAAUCCCCAGAAACUUUCAAAGAGGCAGUCAAGGCAAUUAUUUCAUGCUUCCCAAAUGUCUUCAUGGCCAGUAAGUUGGUUCGGGUAGUUUAUGCCUCCUGGUCCAGGGUGCAGGCUGACCUGAACUGUAUGGAAGACUUGCUCCAGAGCCCAGUGCCAUGGAAAUACUUACUAAAUACAUGUGGGACAGACUUUCCUAUAAAGACCAAUGCCGAGAUGGUCCUGGCCCUCAAGAUGUUGAAUGGGAAGAACAGUAUGGAGUCAGAAAUACCUACUGAGUACAAAAAGACUCGCUGGAAAUAUCACUAUGAGACAAAAGACACAUUGUACGUAACCAACAAGAUGAAGGAUCCUCCCCCUGAUAACAUACCUAUGUUCACAGGGAAUGCCUAUAUUGUAGCUUCCCGAGACUUUGUCCGACAUGUCUUAGAGAACCCCAAGUCCCGACAACUGAUUGAAUGGGUAAAAGACACCUAUAGCCCCGAUGAGCAUCUAUGGGCCACGCUUCAGCGUGCACCAUGGAUGCCUGGCUCUAUUCCCUACCACUCCAAGUUUCACGUCUCAGAUAUGGCAGCCAUUGCCAGGCUGGUCAAGUGGCAGGGCCAUGAGGGAAACAUCAGUAUGGGGGCACCUUAUGCACCUUGCUCUGGAAUCCACCAGCGGUCUAUCUGUAUUUACGGGACUGGAGACCUGCAUUGGAUUCUUCAAAACCAUCACCUCUUGGCCAACAAGUUCGACCCAAAGGUGGAUGACAAUGUUCUUCAGUGUUUAGAAGAGUACUUACGUCAUAAGGCCAUCUAUGGGACUGAACUCUGA